UCUGCUGAGUCCACAUCUCGUUUGUACCGCUGCAAUACGUGCUCGCUCGCAGUUAUGUGCGGCCGCGAAAUGUCGUGACUGUGGCUAGCGGCGGAUAUGUGUCGGUACGUGGCGAUAGCAUUCAUGCUGGUUAACUACACAGCCGGCGCGCCCCCACCGCUGCGCUUGCACAUCGAGUGCUCCGAUGAAAGGGUCGACUCAUACCAAUCAUCAGAAUACAGCACAAACUCUCGCUUCGACGUCAACUCAUUCUGUGACCUGAUAAACAAGGCUUUCCCAAAAGCAAUCAAAGAUGGAAAAUUUAUCCUCAUUGAUCCAAACGAUCAGUCUGGAUACAGUGACACACAAGCACCGAUAUCCAUCGCCCCUCCCAAGAGUUUCAGACCAGGAUUACAGAUACCGAAAAUACCAGUCCCAAAACUACGAGUUCCAUCGUUAAAUGUUCCAACAUUACGAGAAAAUUUGAGCCCUUUAAGUAGAACUCCACCAAGGAUAGGAUCCCCGAUGACGUUUUCUUCGAUAAUGAGGGUCGGUGAAGACUCCAGUGCUGAGAGGAUGGAGAGGUUCAAGAAGGGAAUCCAGAAGAUGCUGCACGUCGUGAAGGUGAUGGGCCAGAUCGACCAGUACCUGUCGGAGAGGACUCGGAUCAUUGUUGAUAAACUCACCAAGACUUUUGCUGAAUAGAUUUGUAAUGAGAA